UAAUUUACGCAAUCGACUUAAUCCAUACAGUCCUCUUUCGUCUUCUUCCCAUUCCUCCAUAGUACUGGUGAUAUCCAAGAAAAGGUUAAUAAUGAACGAGUUUGACCCAGAAUUGGAUUUUUCACAGUUCUUGGAGGAAGCAAAAACACAUGCAUCAGAAGAAGAAGGUCGAAAGGAUUCAAAGGAAAAAACAAAGGCUAAAAGAUCAUGGAAAGCUUCUAUUUUUUCAUGGAUGAAAGCCAACAAGAAAGAGGAACAACAACAACAACAACAACUAACGAUAAAAACCGAAUACAGAAAACCCACAAGAAGACAAGGGUAUGUUUCAGGCCCAAUAAAUGGGGUCAAAGGCUGCAAAACUCAACGACUUAGACGACAAAGUUCAGGACCUUUAUCGGGUCUAUUUCAUCAAAGAACGAAAAUGGAAGAGUUUCAGAUGCCAUAUACAUCACUAGGGAAGCUUAAUAAGAGUCCUGAGAAUCUUUCAAAUUAUGGUCCUGUAUAUUUGGUGACAUAGUGAAAAUAUAUCAAAGUGAGAUUCGAUAAAAUUUGUAAUCUUUUAUGUAUCUUUAUUUUUGAUGUAGUUGAGAUAGUGAAAGGUUAGUUUUUGGAGAUUGUAGCGAGUCAACUCCCUGGAUUCCACACGUAACAAUGUAACCGUUGCUUGCAAGCAAUUCAAAUUUACUCAUUCUUAUAGCUAAAAGAGGGUAAUUUUCGAUUAAGAUUCAAGAAUACAACUAUGAUUUCUAAGCUAAAAUAUAUUCAAUACCUCAAGAGAACAUCUUUAAUCAAUGUGUUCAUAUACAGACUUGUUUAAGAAGAAGAAGCAGAAAACAUAGCAGGAGAGGUUAACCGAGUCAGUAUCCUCUUCACCAGCUAAUUGGGCAAAAAUAUUCAAAAAAAAAAAAAAAAAGAAAUUUU